UUAGCCCUCACGGCGCAAGUUUUCCGGUCUGUCUGCUUAGUUUCUCUUUGGGAUCCUGUGAGGUUUUCUGCCAAGACCCAACUUUGAGAACUGUCAGAAGAAACUUAGAGCCACGGAGCGCUCUGCUUGGAGCGCCAGGGCUCUGCUAAGGGGAGUGGGGGUGAAAAUCGCUUGGUUCUCCGUGCCGUGGGCCAUGCUCUGCUGUUCAGUCUCAUCGCUCCCGGGAGCUUUCCUCCUAGGAAAGGCAGAGCUGCAGGUGAGAAGCCGGAGGUGAGGAGCACAUCUGGGAGAGUAGGUUACUCCAUUUGCCGAACUUCCUGUGCGAGAGCAGUAUGAGGACCUGACAAGGCUCGGAGACACCCCUCACACACACUCCCCAAAGGAUGAGUGACAACCGUGGUCUCCUGGGCCAGCUCCUCCGGCAGGGGCCCGUGUGCAAUAUCUGGAAGCAGGAUGUGGAAGGGGCUGUCUACCACCUGGCCAACUGCUUUUUGCUUCUGGGUUUCAUGGGGGGCAGCGGGGUGUUCGGUUGCUUCUAUGUCUUUGGGUUCCUGGGCACAGGCUACCUGUGCUGUGUGUUGUGGGGCUGGUUGGACACCUGUGGCCUGGACAUCGUCCUCUGGAGCUGCCUGCUGGCCGGGGCCUGCCUGUUCCAGCUGGUCUACCUGCUCUAUCGCCUGCGCCAGAACAGGCUCUCUGACGAGUUCGAUCGCCUCUACAGGACUCUGUACCUGCCCCUGCAGGUACCCCUGCAGGCCUACAGAGAGAUUGUUUACUGCUGUAAGGAGCAGGUCUUGACUCUGGCUGCCGAGCAGACCUAUGCUGUGGAGGGCGAGACGCCCAUCGACUGCCUGUCCCUGCUGCUCUCGGGCCGGGUUCGUGUGAGCCAGGACGGGCAGUUUCUGCAUUACAUCUUUCCUUACCAGUUCAUGGACUCUCCCGAGUGGGAAUCGCUGCAGCCCUCUGAGGAGGGGAUGUUCCAGGUCACCCUAACUGCUGAGACUGAAUGUAGCUACAUCUCCUGGCCCCGAAAAAGCCUCCAAGUUCUUCUGAGGAAAGAUCGGUACAUCUCCCGCCUCUUUGCUGCCCUGCUGGGCUAUGACAUCUCGGAGAAGCUCUAUGCCGUCAACCACAAGGUCUUCUCCAAGUUUGCCAUGCGCUUCGACAUCCGGCUGCCUAGUCUCUAUCGCGUCCUGGGUCCCACAGCCCAGGACGCAGCCGCGGACGCAGCCCAGGACGCAGGGCCCGAGCCGGAGAAGGAAAAUGAGGGACUCCAGGAGCCCUCCAGGAUCCCGCCUCCAGCUGCUCUCACCUCCGUCCAAGAAAACACCCCGAGAGUGCCCCCUCCCGCAGCCACUGGCGCCCCAACACCUCGUUCCCCAGUGUGGGUCCCCAGGCCCAGGAGUGGCGUUCUGAGCGAUGACUCUACCAGCCUGGUGCUGGAGGAUUUUGCAGAGGUGUCCGAGUCGGAGUCGUUCAUGGACUACCGCAGCGAUGGGGAGUACAUGAGGUGAGGGGAGCCGACCUGGAGCCCCGCUUUUAGAAUUCCUCUCCAGAACUUCUUCCAAGUUAUGACAAGCCCCCGUGGCUCCAGCCCACACUUGUGGACUCUGGGGAUCAAUGCUUUGUCUUUUCUCUGGCCAUGUUAAUAUUCACAGAAUUGUCAUUGUCUGCACAGCUGGCUUCUCCACAGAAAGGCUCCCAG